CGAUACUGACCUGAGGAUCUCUCUAUCUUCUGCUGUUCUGUGGAGAAGGAUAUUGAAUCUGGAAGAGAGCAGACGUCAAAUUGUGGAUUUUGUGUGCCUGUCUUGAGAGGAUACAGUUGAUCACACGAGUUGGAUGUUGUAUUGAUAAUUGUGAAGGAAACUCGUAGGAGAUGUUUUGGGUGUUUACAUAGUUUUGUGACUCACUGGAGUGGAGACCAUUUGUGUAUUAGGAAGUGUGCAUUAUAGACUUUGCAUUGAGGUAAUAUUUACCCCGAACCUGACUGUGCACCUUUGGACAUUUGAUCUCAUUUGUGGACAACCCAGCUCUCUGGACUAUGUUUGAUACACUGGAGAUAAAUCCCAACAGCAAGGCUUACAACGAGGGCAUCAAGGUUGGGGACUAUGUGUUUGCAAUAAACGGACAAAGAGCAGAUGGAUUAAACCAUGGGGAUGCCCAGGCUCUUAUUAAGAAUGCAACGGACAAUCUUUACCUCGAUCUAAGAAGAGGUGAAGAAACAAGUACUACAAAUGGUCCACACAACGGGGAAGUCUUCAGUACCACACAAACUAUACACGUGAACCCAGGUGGUAGGCGGGGCCUGCACAAAAAACCAGUCAGUCCUGCUAUGGACAAUUACGGUGACACAUUCUCACAGUCAUCAUCUACCUCACAAAAAUGGUCGCCGUAUGGGGACUCAGGACCUGUUCAGUCAUACAGGCCUGUCAAUUUCUCCAUCAAUCAAACCUCCACAACUACUUCAGCGACACCAACAAUCAUUACAUCAUCUCCCACAGCUGCAACCACUACUACUGCAACAACCACAACUGCGCUCACAAAUGGCCUGCCUGAUUCUAUCAGCACACCGCUGACUAUCAAGGUUGAUUCCCAAGAUAGUACAGGUAUGAACGAUCAUGGAGCUCCCAGGGGGGCGGGGCCAAAGUACUCCACCCCCAUCAGCAUCCCUGUGUCUUCCAAGCCCUCAGAGAGAAGAGGCUACCCUGCAGGCAGUACAGACAUUAACCAACCAGAUCCCCAGGGCGUUGUCAAUAUUCCAAUAGACAUGGCAAGGAGCAACCCCACUGCUUCACCCCCUAUGUGGUCAGCAACAAAAGCUUCAAGUGGACCUAAAACUAUGCCUAGGCCAGCCCCUAAGCCAGUUCCUAAGCAAGCACCUAUGCCUGUCUCGAGCUUUGAGCAUAAGCAAAGCUCCAGAUAUGGUAGCUCUCCCACGGAAGGCUCAAAGGGCCAAUCAUCAAAAGGCUUGGACCUCUUCUUACGGCAGCAAGAAAAAUUAAUACAGCUGGGUGCAGAUGUCAAAGAAGUUGAUAUGAGUCUUGCACGGACAUCAAGCCAAGCACCACCAGCAAGACAAAACUACCCACAAUCCCCUGCUGCAGAGAGCUCAAGACCCUCAUUCGGACAGACACAAAACCGUGAUGGAGUACAGCCCUAUUUUGGCCAGUCCUAUCCUCCACAACAGUCUCAGAUGCCUCAGCAACAGAGGCAGAUGGGACCAAGAGCCUUUGUGCCAACCAUGGGACCAGAUAGGAGGCCAAACUACAGCCAACCCACACCUCAACACCCACCACCAACGAUGUCACAGAGCCAGUUUGGUCAGCCCUAUGGUCAACAGUACUCGGUUCAGCCCGGCCAGCCAUACACCGUCCCGCCUGGUCAACCCUUCCCACAACCUCCCCCGUAUGACAGACAUAGAGAACUUAGCCAGCCUUUCCCUACACCCCAUUCACCUCGACCCAUGUCUCCAGAACCUCCGCGGCAGGGGCAGCACAUGGGGUACCACCCCCAGUAUCAGCAGUCUAGUCUGCCUGCAGGCUAUGACCCACACCACCACCAGUUUCAGUCCCCACAGUCACACCCCCAACCCCCAGCGGCACCUUACUGUACCCCUUCUAGAAGCACCAGUGUGGACGAAGGGGCCAGGGUUAUUCCAAUUACUAUACAGACUUCUCAGCCAAGGCCUGAGGAGAAACGUUCGAGGAGUACCAGUGAGGGAGAGCCGCUGGGUUUUGGUAUGCCCCCUGUUGGUGAAUCAGGGUUCCCAUCAUGGCAGAGUGGUAUGUCGGAUCCGCGAGGAGGUAAUUUUGCUCCAGGAUCUUAUGCCACCUUACCGAUCAAGAAAUCUCAUAGAAUUCAGGAGGAACCUCCAGGCCUCAAAGUUCUGGAAAACAGUACCUUUGCACCAGGAUCAUACUCCACCCUCCAAGUGAAGAAACCGUCUAGGCCUCAGGAGCAACAUGUUCCAAUGUCUCGUGACCUAGAGUCCUCUAGAUACGGUGGUCCACCAGAGCCUACAAGAGUUGGUGGUCCGUCGGUGCCUGCCAGACAGGGUGGACCAUCUGAGCCAAUGAGACACAGUGGUCCUACAGAAUCCAGCAGACAUGGUGGUCCAUCAGAGCCCAUGAGAAAUGGUGGUCCAACAGUGCCAACCAGACAUGGACUUGGUCCUAAAGACUCCUCCAAAUAUGGUGGAAGCCCGAAAGAAUCUGCCAAAUUUGCUGGUGAUCCUACAGAAUCUGCUAAAUAUGGUAGGGGCCCUAAAGAAUCUGCCAAAUAUGGUGGUCCUUCAGAGUCUGCCAAAUUUGCUAGUGAUCCUACAGAAUCUGCAAAAUAUGGUAGGGGCCCAAAAGAAUCUACCAAAUAUGGUGGUCCAACAGAGUCUGCCAAAUAUGGAGGUGUCUCUUCUGAAUCCACCAAUUAUGGUGCUGGAUCAUACGCCACUUUACCAGCUAAGAAAUCUUCCUGGAAGAAGGAAGAGACAACUGAUGCUAGGGAUGAUGAUGGACACUUUGAUUUCAACCUUUAUUCCACACUUCCUACAAUUAAGCCACUGAGGUCACACAAGAAAGUUGACUUUGUAGGAAUAAAAGAUAGUAAAAAUAACAUGUCCGCUAGUGAACAACAUUUACCAGGCCACAGAACAGAUCAAAACAUGGGAAGCUUCAUAGAACCAAAACGAAAUCAAAGUAGUUUCACUCAACCAAAACUGGAGCCAGAACCUAGGCCUCAGUCAUCCCAAUCUAGAGACACAGAACAACCUGACUUCUCUCAACCGCUAUGGACCAACACAGACCUCUCUUACAACCUGAUGUCAGGAGGCGAGUCAAGGUCACCUCCGAGCUCAAACGUUACGAGCUCCGAUUCGCGAGAUACAAUCAUUUCCAAAGACUCAUUGAUUCCAAUCCAGGUUGUCCAUGAGCAGACAGGAAGAGUAAAGAGCCCAGAUGAAGGAACAUCCCAGGAUGAUAGACCUGGAUUGAGCCUUGGGCCCAGUGCUGGUCUCGGUGGUGCCAGCUCCUCCUUCAACACAGAAGAAUCUUUCAGUAGUCCUGCCUCACAGUCCAUCAACACAUCCUACUCAGAGAAACAGCAAGCUCCGACACAACCAGGUAUUUCCCAUCAAAGAUCAGGGUCGUCUCCAUCAUCAUCUAAAGCAGGUGUUUGGACACCUGGACUUCAACCGUCCAAAUUCCGGGCUGAUGUGACACCGCCCAGAUCGGAAGGACAGCGGGAAGACGCCAGUCUAAAACAUAUCGCCCCUGUCUGGACACCUGGGGGCAGUCCGGCUCGCGCCAGGAAAGAAUUCAAACCUGUGAAGCUCGACACAUCUAAACCUAUAACGCCUAAGCCAAAACAGUACUCCAACCCUCCUUCAGCCACAUCGGAACCGCCCAGUUUUUCAUGGAAACCCGAAGAACGGAGUAGACCGGAACUUGAUGUACGAGUGGCAAGUGAUAUAUCCGUAACGCCUUCGUCCGUUCCGUCCAGUAGUGUCCCAACAAACUCAGUAUCAGGACUUUCAAUAGCGGACACGGCUCAUAUGAACGGCAACGUAGAUAGCAGUAGUGCACUAGGUAACAGCAAAGAUGACCUAAGAUUACCCCCAACACAGAGCCCCUAUAUCACCUUGUUGCAGAAGAGUCGAGCCCGUGUGUAUUUGGAAAACAAAUUGGACAAUGAUUUGCCCGAUGAGGUUUUCAAACCAAAACGUCGAAUAAAAACCUUGAAGACAGAGGGACAGAUUCCAAAGGGUGCUGUGUACCUGGGAAAGAAAGACGUUGUUGACGGCGACCAGGUACAUACAGACACCUACUAUGCCCAGCCUACUACGGAGGAAACAACGACCACCAAAACUGUUGAGCAUCGACCCAAGAAAUAUGAUGGAAUCGGUCCCUUAGAUCAAGAGGGUGUGCCUCUUGCCUUCAGAAAGAACAUUGACGAAGAGAACCAACACGCAUGGUACCGACAGAUGUACAAGAGUUUGCACCGGACUGAGAAGGAGAAGGAAGAUGGGAUACUUGGAAUUAACAAGCUCAUAGACUCCAUUUUCGAGGACGCAGUGAAAGAUCUGGAUGAAAAUACUUACCGUCCUACCUACCAGUUCCCCGAUGAUGUCUCAGACACCAGGUCUGAGGAAGCCAAAACGAAAACCCCGGAAAAAAAGCCUGAAAAUGAAAAUGAAAAGAAGCCAAAACAAAAUGGUGAAAGGGAUGAGAAUGGUAAUAUAAACCCCUACAAACCUAGCUAUGAAUUCCCCUCCAAGGUUAAAGAUGAAUCUGGGUAUCGGUCGGAGCCUGAAGGGAGGUACAAAGACCUUUACCGACCUCGGUACCGCAGCGAGUCGGGCAAGAAGGAACCUCGUCGACACUUCUGGACUCCGACCCACGCCAAAUCCUCAAUCGAGGUUUACAGGAACCAACCGAGAAGUAUUAUGGAUUAUGAACCAGGAUUUUCGUCCAUUGCACUGCGGGAAGCAAAGACGAAAUUCCGGCCCAGAGCUCAAACCAUCAGUUCAUUGAGGGAUAAAAAGAAGAAGAAGGAUAAUACAACAGAGGGUAUCGUUCACAACCCUCCCAUUGAGAAGCCCGGUCAGUUCAGCAACUAUUCUUUGGGUAGAAAGCGCCAGACUUCAGUGCCUGACAUCACCAACGGGGAUGACAGCUGGGAUCCCACCGAUGAUGUAUAUAAAAAGGUUCAACAGGGUGGGGAAAUUCCCUACAAGGGGCUGCAAAAACCAGCUCCUGAAAAACCGAAAAAAAAAACCGAGCCAUCCGAACCCAACGAGUCGUUUACUUCUCGUAGUCACGAGAAUAGUCAGCUUUCGCCCAAUGAUCAUCUGCAGCCCAGUGAAUCGACCAAUCAGAGCUUUAAACCUAACACACCCUCAAAUGUGCCGAGUCCCCCGGCAAGAAAUAACAAAUCGUCUAUUAUCCCCAAAGUCAAGCUGCGAACUCCUCGCAGCAACUUAUCGGCUGUUGAGCAGCUUGGACUUAAAAGUCCGCCCUCAACAAAAGUGAAUCAGAAUGGAGCUUUCCGCCACCAGACGACAGAAGUCAAAAGAGCACAGCCCGUCUCUGAGAAAGACAGAAGGAGAAGGCAAGAAGACGAGGCAUACCGCAAGAGGAGACUGGAGCAGCUGUAUGACGAGGAGAGACAGAGGAAGAUACGACAAGAAGCUGCUGAUAUGGAAGCCAGGAAGCAUUCAGAUUUCUUCACCCCUAGUCAGAAGUCCCCUAUCCCACUGGACCGCUACAGUGAAGAGUCACUAGGGGGUGGUCCCAGCUCCAUCCCCUCCCCCAGUGUUCCGCCAGAGAAGAGGCGAGGCUUCCAGAUACAGGGCAAGGGCAAGGUGCUCUACAACUUCACAGCCCAGAACCCAAGAGAGCUGUCGUUGCGGAAGGGGGACACAGUGUACCUGAUCCGCCAGAUUGACAAAAACUGGUUGGAGGGGGAGAGACAUGGGAGGGUGGGAAUCUUCCCCAUGAACUAUGUAGAGGUCAUGACUUCUAUCGAGGCUGCCAAGAUGGCUGCCAUGCAAGCAGAAGGACAAGGACAGACCAGAUACAACUUCACUGCCCAUACCUCAGUAGAACUGUCUCUGCGCAAGGGAGAAUUUGUUGUCCUACUACGAAGAAUUGAUGAGAAUUGGUACGAAGGAAAGAUUGGAACUCGUCAAGGGAUCUUCCCCGUGUCGUAUGUGGACGUAAUCCGAGAGCCAUCGACUCCCAUGGUGACUCCAGCUCCAUCAGUGAUCACCACCCCCAUGACAGGUACACGUCGAGGUACCCCUGAGAUGUUGUCCCCAGUGAGUUACGACGCUGCACCAACGCCACCCCCUCAGCCGUCCCCAAGUGCGUUUGCCCAGCGCUCCCCCACCCUAUCGUACGGGUAUCGCCAACCCAGCCCGGGAGGGCCCCGAUCUCAGUCCAGUCAGCUCUCACCAAUGCUUGACCAGGAUUUCCGGUCAUUGCCUCGCAGCGUCCAGCAAAGCCCUACUAUUGGUCGGAAGCAGGUGUCGCCAUCAAGCACCAUGCCUCGAUAUGGAGCACCAUCGCAAUCCGAUCGCAACCCACUCAGUAAUCAUGACUUCACCAUAAAGAGCAAAGUGUCUGAUGAUGACCUUGCCAUUAAAAGGUACCGUGCCCUCUAUGCAUACUGGCCCCAGAAUGAGGAUGAGUUAGAACUGGAUGAAGGUGACGAGGUGUAUGUCAGUGAAAAGUGUGACGACGGCUGGUACGUGGGCACCUCCACUAGGACAGGACAGUUCGGUACUUUCCCUGGCAAUUAUGUACAGCAAAUAUGAAUAAUGGCAUCUGCCACUGGAGUGUCUGCUGUACAAUCACAUCGAAUCAUCGUCAGUAUCAUCAUCGUCCAUGACGGCUUGUCACUGCAGCAGCAUAGCUACAUGUAUAUAUAUAUCCUGACUUGCAUCUGUCUGUCUGUGAGUGCUGUGGCGAUGUGUGGUAUAGUGUGCAUAGUGAUACCAAGCUGGAAAUAUGAGCAACAUACUGCUUACGCUUGCUGUGGUCAUGCAAGGGAGAAAUGGCACCAGAGGACAGGCUUGAUAGUGCUAGAAAACGUAACGUUCUUGUUUCAAAGCCAUAAGUGAACAAACAGGAUAUUGAAGAAAUACGAGCUGUUUUGUCUACAAUCAUAUCAUACAAAAUACUCAAGGAAAAAGAUCUGUUUCAUGGCAUGGAGCAUUUCCUGUGAGAGUUAUCUCCCCUUGAAUAUGGAUCGUGAAUCUCCCUGUAUACCAAGGAUGGAUGUAGUUUGGAACAAGAGGGAGGACAAUGUGCUUGUGUUCAAGUGUAAAAGCAAACAGUGUUAUAGUUCCUAGAUCAGUAUGCCCCCUCCUCAGGAUCCGUAGAGGCAGUAUGCCUCCUCCGCAGGAUCCGAAGAGGCAGUGUGCCUCCUCCGCAGGAUCCGUAGGGGCAGUGUGCCUCCUUCACAGGAUCAGUAGAGGCAGUAUGGCUUCUCCUCAGGAUCCGUAGAGGCAGUGAACAAUGAUGCAAGACAUAUUGGUAUGAAACAUGUCAAGUGUACUGUAGAUAUGGAAAGGAUCUGUACAAGAAUUAGCUGAAAGCAUCAGGGUGGUUGGUUGCCUCCCUCCAAGAUUCCUCUGUGAUACUGUAGACAAGGAAUGUACAUAUAUGUCAGUCUAACAGUGGCAGUCAUAGUAACAGAACAAGCACCUGUCCCCAAUAGGCACACAAGCUUCGGUCCAUCUACGCAUACAGGCCUGAAUAUAGUGCACAUGAACCAUGACCGGUUGCUUGAACAUUCUCUCAGACUGGCCAGCAUUUUAAUGUGCACUGUGUUAACCUAAUGGGCUUAUAGAGUCUGCAUUCACCAAUGUUGUAUGAAUAUAACUGUCAGUCAUUUCUAAACGAUACUUUCAAAACUAUGGUCAUUAUAACCUAAAUUUGAGAACUAUGCAAAGCCACCAAGGUUUUGGAAUUUUCUCUUUUAAAUAUUCAUUUUAAUGUUGCAAGAGUUUUAUACGAUGGUCCUCCGCAGAAUAAAAAUUUUAAAAAUGUGCCUUUCAUAAAAGGGCAGAUUAUCCUUGCAUAAUUUUGCAUGUUGAGAAAUUGUUACCAUGGUUACCAUACUUUGUGUUGUGAGUUAUUGUGUUGUGCUUUUUACGAUUAGAACCAGUUUGUGUCCGUGAUGGCUUAUGAUGAUUAAUAUACAUAGCAGAUAAUUUAUGUAUGUAUGAUUUUUGAAAGGAACGAAGUCAAAAAUUAGGCUAGAGGUGACUUGUUGAGUUGUUGUUAUUUGUGAAUUGGAGACAAAGUUUAUUGAUUAUAUUUAUUAAUAAUUUGAUAUACUACUAAAAACUGAGAAUAUUUGCCAACUAAACUGUGUUUAUGUGAAAUUAUAAAAAGUGUGAAUAUUGUCCGUCAUUGGAUAAUGUUCAUACUCAUAAUUAAUGAAGUCAUUAUUAUAAAUUAGAUACAGAUUAUAGUUAUUAUAUGAAAUACGAUGCUUGUGUUUAUGGAGAACGAAUUAGGUUUGGCAGAAUUGAUUUUCAAACAUGGUGCUAGUUCUUGUGAAUACAGACAUUUUAAUAUGUGUUCAUAUUUAUUUAUAAUCCUCCAAUGACCCGACCCAGAGGUUACCCUCUGCAGGUUUUGUUUGUUUUGUUUCUAUGGUUACGGCAAAAACCUUCAGGGUGAGGAUACUUAAUAAACAAUAUGGUUUUAAGGUACUUUACUUACCUGUCCUAAAUUCUAAAAUCAAUGUAAACACAUUUUAUCUUUGUAUUAAAAAAUGUAAGUUGAAGAAAAGGAUUUUAUAACAGGAUGUAUAAUCAUAACGGUGUAUAUGUUUACUAAUAUCAAUUCUACUGUAUCAACCAAUCCCUGAAGAUGUUUGUUGUAUGUUGUAAGGAAUUUGAGUAAUCUAGAGUUGUAUAGUUAGAUUGUAUUGUAGAACCCUGUACUCUGUUUCUAAGUUUAAAUUGACCCUUAGAGUGUUUAAGUAUUCGUAUAUAGGGAAACUAUAUCUGCUGGAAUUCGCAUUGCUAGAUGUCUUCCAUAACAAAGAAUCUGAAGACCUAUUGGAAAAAGAAUUUGUCUUUAGAUGUUUUCUCAAAGUUUGAAUUUCUUUUCAAAACAUGCAGACGUAAGAAAAUAUUCGUCCAUAUUCAAGCAAUUUGAUUUAAUAAAUUGUCACUGUGCCUUUAAAAUCUGAUAUUGGUCCAAACCAUGAUGCAACAUUGUUUACUUUUUGUGGUUCUACUUUCAGUCAGGCGAUUAACGUUGAGUUUGACCUUUCCACUUUCCCGUGAUCUAGUGGUGUGACCCCGGUUACAUAGUGAUGGCAUACGUCCCUACAAUAACUCAUCUAUGCAUUAUACAGGUUGAAAAAAACCCUCCCUACCGGCCAUCUUCAGCGGACACAUGCCUAGCCAGUGUUCUGUUUAGGUGUCUGCGUAGCGUCCAUGUUAUCUCUGCUGCAGCGGAUGUGCCACUGAACAACAUCUACUGCAACAAAUUUUUUCAUUUUUUUUGUCAAUUGAGUUUAAUAACAUGAAUUUAUCUCAUGACAAUAGCAUGCACUAGCCAGAUUUUGAUUCAACAGAAAUAGCCCAGUAUGUACUUCACUGAUUAUCGUGAUGAAAUGCCUUAGUUCAAUCCGAUGUGAUGCAUUUCGGUAGACAUUAUCAUAUUACCCCAUAGACAUUUUCCAUUGUAGAAUCUGCAAUCAACAUCAUCUGUUCCAGCUUAACCUGCAAACUCGGAAUCCAAAGUUUUUAGCAUUUCUCUGACCAUUUAAAUAUUUUAAUCUUUGGUUGUUUGUUGUGCCCUUAUUUCCCUGUUACCCUGGCAACCAUUAAUAACUCCUCUCAGUUGUGACCUGUUAUGAGUUUUAGACAAUAUCUAGGGUAUUUUGUUUGGUUAUCACUCAUUUUACAUAUGUUGGUGCAUGAGAAAUUAAAGUGUUGCUAGAAGGUGA